GAGGAAAAUUAAAGCGGGAUCUGCUAUAAGCUACUUCUAAGCGUCUGUGUAUACGACUACUCAAGUAUUUAUUUCUAUUUAUAUCAAUAAAAAGUAGAAGUUUAGUAAAAAUUCGUCUAACUUCUUUCUGAAUAAAUAUGAUGAGGAAGGUUCGCGUAUGUCAUUGUCUAGUUUAUUCCAUUCAAGAUGAACAAUAGCAAAAUAUGCGUGUUUUACGUUCCACCUAAAUGAUUAACAUUGUAAGAAUAUCGUAUGGUACACCGUGAGAGAAAUGCGAUGCACGCCUUCAAUAUCUCCAAGUGUAGUCGGUAUCUCAGCUCUAUUUGCAAAAUGGACAAUACAAUCCUCAAGAUCUUUCACGCUUUCAUUUAUAUUUGUAAAACGUAUAUUAUAUAUUCGAGAUCGACAUUGUGAGUCAUUCAAUGACUUUUGGAUAGAUUCUAGUUUUUGUUCAAGAGAACGAAUCUCCUCCUUAUUAAGGGUACACCCACUCUUUUUUGACCGUCUUGAAAAUUGCAGAAGCCGAUGUUUGAUCGGGCUGAAAUUUAUAACAGACAUAAAAAGAAAAAUCAGGUAUUUUUGCCAAUAAUCUUCUGGCAUGUUCUGAAGUCAUAAACUCCAGAACGCCCAUGUCAGAAUUGUCUGACAUGAGUUUUCAUAGUCACAUUACGAUCCCUCGAACAAAAUGGUCCGAUCGAGCUCAGAUUUUUACCACAGAUACUUUAGAUUCUAUCUCAGGUUAGUGUUUUUUCUUUUCGAGAAAUAUGCUUUCCUUCUCGAAAUAUUUGAAAUAUACUGAAAAAUCCUGUAUAAAAAACUGUUUUUUUAUUUUAAAUGCAUUCUCACACCGAAAGUUGAAGUCGAAAAUGCUUAAAAGAAAACGAACCUGAGAUAAGAUCUGAAAUAUCUGUGGAAAAAAUUUCUGGUCGAUCGGACCAUUUUUUCUAGGGGUCGUAGUGUGACUCGAUUGAAGGACUAUCGAAAAAACGCAGAGUGAGAAAAACACAUAUUGUAUACAGACCUCUGUUUUUCAGAACAUUUGAGGGGAUGCUUAUAUCUCCACGAAAACUCAUCGGAAAUUCUGAAAGACGUCUCAAUUUUUCAAGGAAGAUUGUGGAGAGCUGGAAGUGGUCUCAUUUUAUAGCCCGGAUUUUCCUCUAUAUUAGGCUAUGUUCAGCUCAAAAUGAAGACUUUUUUGCAAAAAAAGAGGGGCUGUGGGUGCCCUUAACAACUAAUCGUUCACUUAUACAUUUGAAUAUCGGUUUAAUAAAUACUUACAAUAUCUGUUCAUAACAUUUUGAAAACUCAUUGCCGUUUGUUUGAAGAAUCUUAAAUAUCCGUAUUAUUUUUAUGAAUAUCAAGCAUUGCUGAAUUAUGAUAGUUUGAUCUUUGUCUGAUGGAAUGGAUUGUGAUAAACUGUACGCUAUUCUGGUUUUCCCGAUCUUCCUAUCAGUAAUCAUCUCACGCUUACUGUUGUUACUUCUUUCAACAUCAGACGACACUAUUCAAUAUAGAGAAGGUAACUAAUAUAGUGUAAAACUCGUCUAUUCUAAUGAUAACGAAAAGGAAAAUUUUGUUUUUUAUUUUAAAAUUGGUAGACUGUGCAAUUUAAAUGUAUAAGGUUGUCAAAGUCAGAUCCAGUAUUGAGAGGUUUUCUAGGACGUUUCUAGGAAACCUGUAGAGAACCGUCGACAGAAACAGGCUUAAUCGAAAAACCGAUAUUUUACACAUCUGAAGACAAAGCAAUCACUUAAAUUAUGGUACGUAUAAUUAAGAAUGUCAGUCGCAUCAAAGAGAACUAGUUACUGGUUAUUUUUUUUCUAUCACUUUUUUAUUAAAAAUUUCAUUAUUAUUUUUCAAACAUUGUUUUUCUUCUGUUUAGAACCAAAAGUGCUGCACACCUUUAUAGCAAUGAAAAAGGGAACGAUCAAUCUCCUCGCUAUAUGUCAUCAUAUGGUCAGUUCAAUAAUAACAUCAAACAGAAACCAUCGUCGCACUCAUCGAAAAUAAAUUACAGAAAGUUAGCAGAUUUAUUGGAUAAAGAACCAAAUGUGAUCGUAAAUGAACUGAUAAUGCCAUCAUCCCAAUUUCAAGCUUAUUUGAACCAUGAACAAAUUAAAUUAAAUUCUGUAUGGAUCAAAAGUAUGACGGAUAUUCUCGAGAAAGUGGUCUCAUCAUCUACUGGUCAGCAUGAGCUUCUUGGACAAAUUUUUCAAAUGUUAUUGGGCUCAGCAUAUUUAGACGGCAUUUAUGAAGAAACUCGAAAACCAGUGCAUAUUUUUAGCAGUGAAUCGGGAUUUGAUUUGAUCCGUUCGUUUUUAAUGAUAAGUGAUUAUAUGUUGGAUAUAAUGCCUCACAGUGAAAGUGAGUUGGGACGAAUUUUUGAACGUAUGGAAAUAACAUUGGAAAAAGCAGAGAAAACUGAUGAGAAUGUUAAAUUGAUUAAAUCACAACUUCAAGAUGUUCGAACAAAAUCUCAAACAAUCUUCGAAUUCAAACAGAAACAUCGACAGCAACGUCUUCAUCCUGAGAAUUCCUACAAAGAUCCUAUUGAACCACCACCAAACAAUUAUUGUUUUUUAAGUGUUAUUCCUCUUAUGAGUGAAAUACUCGAAGAUCAAGCAGUUUAUCUCCGACGAAAUAUCAUUGAUGGUGUCUAUAACUCACCUGAACAUUAUUUAGACGUUCAUUUUCGUUUGUUACGUGAAGAUUUUCUUGCGCCAUUGAGAGACGGUAUUCAACACUACAAAAGUGGAGCACAAACAAAAAAUUUUAGUGCCAGAGUAUAUGAAAAUGUUCGCACCCUCGGCUCGUCAAUGAGCAAAACAAAAAAUCUCGUUUAUCAGUUACAACUCGAUGCUCGAACAACAUCAAAUAUUAAAUGGGAAAAUUCGAAACAAUUGAUUUAUGGCAGUCUGUUGGCAUUGAGUGAUGAUAAAUUUCAAACGUGUGCAUUGGUUACAGUUGAAGAUAGAUCAAGUAUACACAAAGAUUCGAUAAUACUGGUCCGCGUAUUUUCUGCUAAAAAUUUCAAUCAACAUUAUUUCGGCAUGGAAGCAGAUGAAAAACAAUUGGAUCUUAGCCAUAUCACUGAAUCAGCACGAUUGACCAUGCUCGAGACAACAGCUUAUUUUGAAGCAUAUCGUCCAAUUCUUCAAGCGUUACAAAAAAUAUCGGCAAGGGACUUUCCAUUAUCAACGACUAUUUUAUCGUUGAACAAGGAUGUUAAAUCCCCUGAUUAUGUUAACAGCCGAACACAAUUUGAUUUUACGUCCUUAUUAGUUAAAUCAAAUACUACAGUAACUACAGACACUACAAACACUUUCAGAAUUAACUAUUCCGAUGAGUAUGACGUCAACACAAAAUACAAAUCAGUCACAUUAUUGGACCAAAGUCAAUGGCCAACGGAAAAAGAGCUAAGAUUAAAUCCUGCUCAACGAAAGGCUCUCGAAUUGGCAUUGACGAAGAAAGUGGCGCUCAUUCAAGGGCCACCGGGUACAGGUAAAACAUAUUUGGGUGUUAAAAUUGCCGAAUUGUUAUUGUAUAAUCGUUCUGUGUGGUGUGGACGAGGCUCAGAAUCAACUCCAGUUCUCAUGGUAUGUCAAACGAAUCAUGCACUCGAUCAAUUCCUUGAACACAUUAUACAUCGACUCAAUCUGAAUAAAGGUAUAAUUCGUGUUGGUUCUCGAUGCAAAAAUCCCACAAUUCAACGAUUUUCGUUGCUUAUUGCUAGACAAGAAUCUCGCAACAAGCGUGAAAUACCAAAAGAAAUAUAUUGUAUGAAACGUCCAAUAUUGGAAGCAAAAAUGAAAGCAAGAAACGAAGUGAUAGAAAAAGAAUGUUAUAUCAGACUAUCAUAUUCAAGUGAAGAAGUACAGAAUCAAACCGUGACACAGCAUAAUCAAAAUGCACAAUUACCAAAUGAAGAAGAUGAAGAGUGUGAUGAAACAGAAGAGGAAUGUCGUCGCAUAUGUUUUGAUUUUCAAGAUAAUGACGAUUUUGACUUGGGCGAUGAUGAUUUCUUUAAUUCACAUCGAUUCCGGGAUCGAGAUCCUAUAAUUACAAAAGAAGAAAUUGUUGAGGACAUAGAAUCGAACAGGGAUUAUUGUGACGCCAAUGAUCAAUGGAUACUACACUGUAAUGUCGGGAAUUAUUUAUAG